AUGGCUGCACUCGAAGAGAAAAAUGGUGAUGUCAACAUGAAUGAAGGUGAAUUUAUGCCUUUAGAACCCUCUUUGCAAAACGUUAUUGAUCAGACAUCUUUAAGAUGGAUUUUUGUUGGAGGAAAAGGAGGGGUUGGAAAAACAACUUGCAGUUGCAGUUUGGCUGUUCAGCUUUCUAAAGUUCGAGAUAGUGUAUUAAUUAUUUCAACAGAUCCUGCUCAUAACAUAUCAGAUGCCUUCGACCAAAAAUUUUCAAAAAUUCCUACAAAAGUGAAUGGUUUUAAUAAUUUAUAUGCCAUGGAAAUUGACCCCAAUGUAGGCUUUCAUGAUUUACCAGAAGAAUACUUUGAAAAUGAAAGUGAAGCCAUGAAAUUAAGUAAAGGGAUUAUGCAGGAAAUUAUAGGAGCUUUUCCUGGUAUAGAUGAAGCCAUGAGUUAUGCAGAAGUCAUGAAACUUGUUAAAAGCAUGAAUUUUUCUGUGGUCGUUUUCGAUACGGCUCCAACUGGUCACACACUAAGGUUGUUAUCAUUUCCACAAGUUGUCGAAAAAGGUUUAGGAAAAUUACUUCGUUUAAAAAUGAAAAUAAAUCCCUUUUUAAGUCAGAUGUCCGCUUUAUUCGGUUUGACUGAUUUUAAUGCAGAGAUAUUUUCAACUAAAAUGGAAGACAUGUUAGCUGUCAUACAUCAAGUUAAUGAGCAAUUUAGGGACCCUGAUCAAACAACAUUUGUUUGUGUGUGCAUCGCUGAAUUUUUAUCAUUAUAUGAAACAGAACGAUUAGUUCAAGAAUUAACCAAAUGUGGCAUUGACACACACAAUAUAAUUGUUAACCAAUUAUUAUUCCCAUUGAAAAAUGAAGAACCUUGUAGAAUGUGUUCUGCCAGACAUAAAGUUCAAAAUAAAUAUUUAGAUCAGAUUGCUGAUUUGUAUGAAGAUUUUCAUGUUACAAAACUCCCAUUGUUAGAUAAAGAAGUCAGAGGUGCUGAACAGGUGAAAUCAUUUUCUGAAAAUUUAGUAAUACCAUACAAAACAGAAUGA